AUGGGGAUCGUUAUAAACUCUACACAGAUUUCAUACUUCAUACUUGCUGCCUACCCUAAUAUUGGCCUUUUAAAAUAUGUAUAUUUUAUGAUCAUUAUGAUUUUGUUUGUUUUCAUUGUUGGUGCCAACAUGUUGCUCAUUGUGGUUAUUUGUCUGAACAGAAGUUUACAUGAACCCAUGUACAUGUUUCUGUGCAGCCUGUUUGUGAAUGAGCUGAUGGGCAGCUCUGGGCUGUUUCCUUUCCUUUUGCUUCAGAUUCUCUCUGACGUUCACACGGUUUCUGUUCCUUUUUGCUUCCUGCAGAUCUUCUGUAUAUUUUCCUAUGUGUGUGCAGAAUUUUCAAAUCUAGCUGUGAUGUCGUAUGACAGACAUCUGGCUAUCUGUUGUCCUCUCCAGUAUAACACUCAGAUGACAUGUAGAAAGGCUGCUGUGCUCAUUGCUCUGGCGUGGUUUUACGCAGUUUUUGCCAUUGGUUCAUUGAUUUCAUUAAUUGCUCCAUUACAACUGUGUGGGAACGUCAUUAACAAAGUUUACUGUUUUAACUAUUCCAUUGUCAAACUGUCAUGCUCUGAAACUAAAAUCAAUAACAUUUACGGACUGAUUGUUACUUUUGUCACAGUCUUUGUUCCUUUAAUGUCAGUCUUUUACACGUACACAAGGAUUCUAAAAGUGUGUUUUUCUGGUUCUAAGAAGACCCGGCAGAAAGCCCUCAGUACUUGCACACCUCACCUGGUUUCUCUCCUUAACUUUUGUUUUGGGGUUUGCUUUGAAAUUGUACAGAGCAGAUUUGAAACGGAAGGUGCACAGAGUAUUUUGUUAAUAGUUGUGUCCCUGUACUAUCUGACAUGUCAACCGCUGCUGAACCCGGUAAUGUACGGACUGAAGAUGUCCCAGAUCAGGAAGACUUGUAAAAGCCUGUUGUUCUCUAUUUUUUAA